UUAAUGCCCCCUUUCUCCUCUCCAUUAGUUUUUCAUGUGCACCUAUAUAUACAAACACAAAAUUAUGUACCCUUCUUCAUCCCAUCUCCUAUCAAACACCUAGAGUUCACAACAGCAUAUUUACAUAUUUUUUCAAUCUACCAGCACUUUGAGUAAUUGUACUAUGGCAAAGUCGGUGGCUAAUUUGGUGCCACUAGGGUUUUACAUACUGCAAGUGAUGAUCAUACUUGUGCCGCAAGCCAACGCCAGGGCUUUUCUUGUGUUUGGAGAUUCCCUCGUCGACAAUGGUAACAAUGACUUUCUAGCUACAACUGCUCGUGCCGACAAUUACCCUUACGGUAUUGAUUACCCAACUCACCGUCCCACCGGCCGUUUCUCCAAUGGCCUUAACAUUCCAGAUCUCAUCAGUGAGCAUUUGGGUCAAGCGUCUCCGCUGCCGUACUUGAGUCCUAUGCUGAAGAAGGACAAACUCUUAAUUGGCGCCAACUUCGCUUCCGCUGGAAUUGGAAUCCUCAACGACACUGGAAUCCACUGAACAUAAUUCGGAUCACGAAGCAGUUAGAGUACUUCGAGCAGUACAAGGUACGAGUGAGUGGGUUAAUCGGAGAAGAAGAAAUGGAGCGCCUUGUUAACGGAGCUCUUGUCCUAAUAACACUAGGAGGCAACGAUUUCGUCAACAACUACUACUUGGUCCCUUUCUCUGCAAGAUCUCGCCAAUUCUCUCUCCCUGACUACGUUGUUUAUAUCGUUACUGAAUACCGCAAAGUUUUACGGAAAAUGUACGAUUUGGGUGCUCGACGUGUCCUGGUGACUGGAACAGGGCCGAUGGGUUGCGUCCCCGCCGAGCUGGCUCAACGUAGCCGCAACGGCGAGUGUUCUACAGAACUACAACGAGCCGCGUCCCUAUUCAACCCACAGCUCGUGCAAAUGAUCAACAACCUGAACAACGAAGUAGGAUCGUCGGCCUUCAUUGCCGCUAAUACUCAACGAAUGCACAUGGACUUUAUCAGUGACCCACAAGUAUAUGGAUUCGUAACGUCGAAGGUGGCAUGUUGUGGACAAGGGCCGUACAAUGGUAUAGGAUUGUGCACACCGUUAUCAAAUCUUUGCCCAAACCGAGAUCUCUUCGCCUUUUGGGAUCCUUUUCAUCCCUCAGAAAAAGCAAGUAGAAUCAUUGCUCAACAAAUCCUCAAUGGCUCUCCUCAAUACAUGCAUCCCAUGAACCUCAGCACCAUCCUCACCCUUGAUUCCACGACUUAAUCCUAUAUUAAUCUAUCCCGUAUCCACUCUAUCUUCUCUUUUUAUUGUUUUGAUUUUCUCUUUAAUUAUGUAUUUCUCAAUGGUUGCUUUAGUUAGUUUCCAUGAGUAUGUUGUGAGUUUUUGUGUUAUUAAUAAAUAAUUUAGUCACCAAUUGUGAGUUGCGAAGCACAGUAGUAUCUGUUUUUUCCAACAAUCAUUUAAAUGUUCAUUUUCCCUUUUUCAUCUUUCCAUUUAAAUUUGAAUCAAUACAAUAAAAACACAAGUGUCUCUUCCA